AUGGUGAGGAUUAAUAAAGCAAGUGUUCUGAAAUGCCAUGCAAGUGACAUCUUUCCCAUUCCCCAAGAGUGGUACCAGCCAGGCGAACUUCUCAUUGGUGGCAUCUCUUCUCAGCUUGUUUAUAUUUUCUAUGAAGCCUCAUUCAAAGAAAACCCUUCCCAGGAUAUGUUUGGGAUUCCAGAAAUGGUGACUAAAUUCUACCAGCAUGCCCUGGCCUUGGCUUAUGCGGUGCAUGAGAUCAACCAAGAUCCUAAGAUCUUGCCUAAUGUUACUCUGGGAUUCCAUAUUGCUGACAGUUACUAUGAUGCAAGGAUGACCUAUCGGACCACUAUAGAUCUGCUCUUCAAAUCCCACAGAUUUUCUCCCAAUUACAUCUGUGACAAAUGGAGGAACCUGAUAGCUGUCAUUGGAGGGCUUGGGGCUGCCACCUCUUCCCACAUGGCAAAUUUUUUAGGUUUCUAUAAGAUUCCACAGAUUAUAUAUGGCUCAAUUGACCUUGAGGAGAUUAUUAACACACAGGAUUUUCCAUUUUAUUCCAUGGUCCCAAAUGAAUCCCAUCAGAACACUGGGUUAAUCCAUUUGCUUCAUUAUUUUGGAUGGACAUGGGUUGGGAUAUUUGCAGUUGAUAAUGAGAGCGGAGAGCAUUUCUUGCAGUGUGUGGAACCAUUGCUUUUCAAGAAUGGGAUCUGUGCAGAAUUUACCAAAAGAAUACCAUAUAUGGCACGUUUAGAUGACAUGGAUGGAGUUACAUAUUUGGCCUCUGCUAUUUAUGUACAUUUAACAAAUAGUACAGCUGAUACAAUUAUUUUCUAUGGGGAAUCUUUGACAAUCGCAACUCUACGAUUUAUCUUAGCUUUGGGAGGUCUUCAUGCAUCAUUUAAGGUGUGGAUCAUGACAACUCAGAUUGAUUUCAUUUUAACAGGAUUUCUAAGAGGUUGGGAUCUUGAGGUGUUCCACGGUGCUAUUGCUUUUGCAGUCCACUCAGAAGACAUUCCAGGUUUCAGAGAAUUCCUAAAGACAACCAAUCCUUUCCGGAACAAAGGAGAUACAUUUAUUAAAGUCUUCUGGGAACAAGCAUUUGACUGUUCCUUUCCAAAGCCUUGGGAACAAUCAGAAGCCAUGGGACAAUGUACUGGAAAUGAGAUUCUAGAGAAUAUCCCUAAACCUCAGUUUGAAAUGAGCAUGACUGGCCACAGCUAUAGUAUCUAUAAUGCUGUCCUCAGUGUGGCUCAUGCUUUGCAUGUCAUAUCCAAGUCUAGAUCCAUUGACAAAAGAGGGGAAUCCACUUCUCAUGCAAACAAGAGAUGUACUAGAGUGAAACUGCACCAUCUGCAGCCUUGGCAGCUCCAUCCAUUUCUUCAAGUCAUUUCAUUUAACAACUCUGUAGGAGAAAGCAUAUCCUUUGAUCAGAGAAAGGAAAUAAGAAGUUCAUUUGAUAUUAUUAAUUUGGAAACAUUACCAAACAAUUCCUUCCAGAGAAGGAAAGUUGGGAAGGUGGAUCCCGGUGCUCCUCAAAAUGAACAAUUCAUCAUUCAGGAAAAUAUGAUUGUAUGGCACAGAGGAAUUAACCAGGUGCCCCCUCUUUCUCAGUGCAAUGAGCAUUGCAACCCAGGUUGGCAGAAGAAAAGUAAGGAAGAGAACCCAUUCUGCUGCUAUGAUUGCAUUCCAUGUCCAGAUGGGGAAAUUUCUAAUGCAACAGAUAUGGAGAACUGUUUCAGAUGCCCAGAAGAUCAAUAUCCAAGCAAAAACAGAAGCACAUGCAUCCCCAAAAGCAUAGUUUUCUUGUCUUAUGAAGAGCCCUUGGGGAUCAGUUUAGCUGCACUUGCUCUAUCUUUUGCCCUCAUCACAUUAUUGGUUCUAAGAAUAUUUAUCAAGAAUAAAGAUACCCCAAUCGUCAAAGCCAACAACCGAAAUCUCACCUAUACUCUUCUCAUCUCCCUGCUGCUCUGCUUCCUCUCUUCUUUCCUAUUCCUUGGUCAACCACAGACUGUCACUUGCCUUCUGCAACAAUCAAUUUUUGGUUUGACUUUCUCAGUGGCUGUUUCUUGUGUUCUGGCAAAAACUACCAUUGUUUGUCUAGCAUUCCUAACUACAAAGCCAGGAUCUAAGAUGAAGAAGUGGGUAGGGAAAAGAUUGGAUUGUUCCACAGUUCUUUCUUGUUCAUUUUUUCAAGCAGGUAUUUGUAUUGUAUGGUUGGCAACUUCUCCUCCGUAUCCUGAUUUAGACAUGCACUCACUGAGAGAAAACAUCAUUUUGCAAUGCAAUGAAGGGCCAGCCUACUUGUUUUACUGUGUUCUGAGCUACAUGGGCCUCUUGGCUAUUGCCAGCUUCAUUCUGGCAUUCCUUGUCCGGAAAUUGCCUGACACUUUUAAUGAAGCCAAGUUUAUUACAUUCAGCAUGUUGGCAUUUUGCAGCGUGUGGGUCACCUUUGUUCCAACCUACCUCAGCUCAAGAGGCAAAAAUAUGGUGGCUGUGGAGAUCUUUUCCAUCUUGGCUUCCAGUGCUGGGCUACUGGUUGGUAUUUUUUCCCCUAAAUGCUUCAUCCUUCUGCUCAGACCUGAGCUGAACAACAGAGAGCAGCUCAUGAAGAGAAGGAAUUAA